UAUUGCUUAGUAAUUAGAAUAAUACGCACAAACAAAGAAACACCCUAAAUGGCCUAAAAAGAAACGAAACAUCCUAAAAAUGAUUUCUAUUUUUCAAGCAUUAUUUAUAUAUUUCUUCAGCAUUCAACUGGUCAGCAGUCAGCACUCUUUUGUUUUAGAUCUGAAUAUAUUUUUCAAGAGAGGCAUUUCUGGGAGUGUCGUAGCAACAGUUGUACUUUUCUUUUUCCCUUUUCCACAACUGAGUUUAAUAUUAUUUAAUAACAGGAAUAAAAAUAAUACUCAUAACAGCAACAGUGAUUGUUAUUAUUAUUGUUAUUAUCUGAUUCCAGCUUUGCUUGUUGUACAGUGUCAAGGGGCAAAGUUUUCUGAUAUGAAGGUAAAGCAUGUGAUCUGCAAUCACUGAGCUCUUUUUACCCAUCUCAGUGUGAAUAUCAGAUACAAUCUCCAAUUGGGUCCGAGUUGUUUCAUCGAAUUUUUCAGGGUUUUAAUUGGAAACUUUUUUUUUGAAGUGGGAAAAAUAUAUGUUGUCGUCUUUUGAGUUGUUGAGCUGAUCUUUCUGAGCUUUCCUUUUCGUCUCCAAAUUUUCUUGAAUAAAAAUUCGGUUCUUGAAAGGAGGAAAGGUGCUGUUUGCGAUUUGGAUUUCCUGGAAGUGAGGGAAAGGUUUCACCUUUUCAUGUUUUGGUUAAUUCUAUGAGGCGGGUUUGAGUCGUUUUAGAUGGUUAUGUGGAAAUUGGUUUUGAAAUUACUGGUUUGAAGGGCUAGUUUAGGAUAUCUUACAUAAGAGGGUGGUUGAAAAUUCUGUUGUUUUCGGGGGUUUUAAUGAUUUUUGGGGUCUGCUGAAGAUGGGACUGGGUAAUGACGCUAUAAAAGUGGAUUCUUGGGAUGUUAAGAAAUCCAAGGGGAGGAAGAAGAAAAUAGGUGAUGGUGAUGAUGCAGUGAAGGAGAGUGGAUGCUGCAUCAGUUUAAGGUUUAUUGGCUGCUGUGUUACUUCAAGAUCUAAAGUUGAUAGCUCUGUGAGUAGCAUCAGCACUCAUGAAAUUAAAUCAACAAACGGUACGAGCAGAGACCAACCAGUUGGUGCUGUUAUACCAUCCACCACCACAAGCAAUGCUGAAAGCAGUUCUUCUAGCUCCAAACUUGAAGAGGAGCUUAAAGUCAAUUCUCGGCUGCGGAAGUUCACGUUCAAUGACCUUAAGUUGGCAACGAGAAAUUUCAGGCCAGAAUCCCUUCUUGGUGAAGGGGGAUUUGGGUGUGUGUUCAAGGGAUGGAUUGAAGAGAACGGUACAGCACCAGUCAAACCUGGGACGGGACUUACCGUUGCAGUCAAAACCCUGAAUCACGACGGACUUCAGGGUCACAAAGAAUGGAUGGCUGAAGUGAAUUUUCUGGGCGACCUUAUUCAUCCUAAUUUGGUUAAAUUAAUCGGCUAUUGCAUUGAAGACGAUCAGAGGCUGCUCGUUUAUGAGUUCAUGCCUAGAGGAAGCUUGGAGAACCAUCUUUUCAGAAGGUCUCUUCCACUUCCUUGGUCUAUUAGGAUGAAAAUAGCUGUAGGUGCUGCAAAAGGGCUUGCUUUUCUGCACGAGGAAGCUAAAAGACCGGUGAUAUAUCGUGAUUUCAAGACUUCUAAUAUCCUGUUGGAUGCUGAAUACAAUGCCAAACUUUCUGAUUUUGGGCUCGCUAAAGACGCCCCAGACGAAGGCAAAACUCAUGUUUCUACUCGUGUGAUGGGAACGUAUGGUUAUGCAGCUCCGGAGUAUGUGAUGACGGGACAUCUGACAUCAAAGAGCGAUGUGUACAGCUUUGGCGUUGUCCUGCUCGAGAUGCUGACUGGCAGAAGAUCAAUGGACAAGAACCGGCCGAAUGGCGAGCAUAACCUGGUGGAGUGGGCCAGGCCUCAUCUGCUUGAGAGGAGGCGCUUCUACCGCCUGAUAGAUCCUCGUCUUGAAGGUCAUUUUUCGAUCAAAGGCGCCCAGAAAGCUGCGCAGUUGGCGGCCCACUGCCUUAGCCGAGACCCCAAGGCGAGGCCUCUGAUGAGUGAAGUUGUUGAAGCUUUGAAGCCUUUGCCAAACCUCAAGGACAUGGCCACCACGUCCUACUUCUUUCAGACGAUGCAAGCUGACCGGAGCAGCCCCAGCCCCAGCCCCAACGGGAAGAACGGGUUUCGGACGCAGGGCUCCUUCGCCAGAAACGGGCAGCAGCAACCUAGAAGCUUCUCCAUCCCAAAGGGCACUCAUGCCUCACCAUGUCAUCACUUUGCUCAUAAUUCUCCAAAACCAAAUGGUAAAGCCUAGUUUUAAUUCUUCAUCUCCGGUAGUCUAUACGACAUCGGAGCAACUGAAUUGAUGGGGACAACGCGAUGCUUACACGUUGGAAUGCCUCCGCCCUAACCCCCCUUGUAACAUAGAUUCGCUAUUUUAACACUGCAUUUUGAAAUGUAAGUAUUCUUGAAGAUGGGAACAUCUGAGUUGUGCUACUCCAUCUUCCAUUCUCAUCGCUAAAUCUUGCUAUUUCUCAUCACACAAA